AUGCCCAGAAAAAAUCUUGCCGCUGAAUUGGAAGAAGUUGGGAUAGAAAUCGAUGGGGAAGUGAGUGACAGUGAUGAUAGCGGCACCCGAAAGCGAGCAAACAGGAGGCCAGCAGCCAAAAGAGGAGGUGCAAAGGGAAGAGGCCGUGGAGCCGAUGAGGACGAGGAUGAUGAAGAUGAGGAGGAAGAUGAAGCUCCUAGAGGGCGCAGGAAGAAGAAGCCCACCAAGAAACGGAGAGAUGCCAGUGAUGAUGAGGAUGACAGUGAGGAUGAGACUCCCAAGAAAAAACGAGGAGGAGCAGCCAAUAAGAAGAAAGGAGGCAAAGCCCAGGACAGUGAUGAGGAGGACAGGAAGGACAAGGGGAAAGACAAGGAUGAUGACAAGGACAUGAAGAAGAAGAAGAAAAAGAAGAAAGAUGAGAGUUCAUCUGACUCCAGCUCACACUCCGAUGAUGAGGAGGAGGAAUCCUUGUCAGAGGGAGAGAUGGCCCGGCUGAAGGAGGAGGUGGAGGAGAAGAAGAAACUGAUUGCUAAUAUCAGGAACAAGCCAUGGAGGAUGAAGCGGAGGCUCAUGCACCUCAAGGAGGCUCAAACAUUUGUGGAUAAGUUUGAAGGAGCUUUGGGCAAAGGAAAAGGCAGGAAGUGGUAUGCCUACAAAGUGAUGAUGACCAAGAAAUGGAUCAAGUUUCAAAGAGAUUUUGAGAACUUCAGAACAGCCUGUAUCCCCUGGGAGAGUAGGAUUAAAGAGGUGGAAAGUCACUUUGGAUCAUCUGUGGCUUCUUACUUUAUCUUUCUGCGCUGGAUGUAUGGAAUGAACCUCGUUCUUUUUGGCUUUACAUUUGGACUGGUGGUCAUUCCUGAGGUCCUGAUGGGCCUUCCCUACGGGAGUGUUCCCAGGAAGACUGUACCCAGAGCAGAGCAGCCCACCGCUCAGGACUACUCCGUCCUCAUGGACUUCCAAGGAUACUGCAAAUAUUCAGUCAUGUUUUACGGCUAUUACAACGACCAGAGGACCAUCGGCUUGCUGAAGUUUAGACUGCCUCUGUCCUACCUCAUGGUCGGGAUCGGCACUUUUGGCUACAGUCUGAUGGUUGUGAUCCGCACAAUGGCUAAAAAUGCUGAUGUUGGUGGCGGAGAUGGAGACGAAGGAGAGUUCACAUUCUCCUGGAAGAUGUUCACAAGUUGGGAUUAUCUCAUUGGUAAUGCAGAGACUGCUGACAACAAGUAUGCCUCCAUCACCACCAGCUUCAAGGAGUCUAUUGUGGAUGAGCAGGAGAACCAGAAGGAUGAGAACAUUCACCUGCGGAGGUUCCUCAGAGUCCUGGCUAACUUCCUGAUCAUCUGCAGCCUCGGUGGCAGCGGAUACCUCAUCUACUUUGUGGUGAAGAGGUCUCAGGAAUUUGCCACCAGGGAUGACCUCAGCUGGUAUGAGAAAAAUGAGGUGGAGAUCAUCAUGUCUCUGCUGGGUCUGCUGUGUCCUCCUCUCUUUGAGACCAUCGCUGAGCUAGAGGACUACCAUCCUCGAAUCGCCCUCAAGUGGCAGCUGGGACGCAUCUUCGCCCUCUUCCUGGGAAACCUCUACACCUUCCUGUUUGCCCUGUUUGAUGAGGUCAACACCAAGCUUGAGCAAGAGCAGGCCAUUAAAAACUCCUCUAUCUGGGCAAUGAAGGAGUACUACGCCAAUUAUUCACGCCUGGUCAAUGACUCAGAGGCCACCCCACCCCCCAUGGACCCCGCUGACGUCAUCAGAGGACCCUGCUGGGAGACUGCUGUUGGCAUAGAGUUUGUAAAGCUGACAGUGUCAGACAUUCAGGUCACCUACCUGACCAUCCUGAUUGGUGACUUUGCCAGAGCCGUCAUUGUUCGCUUCCUCAACUACUGCUGGUGCUGGGACCUGGAGGCUGGAUUUCCAUCAUAUGGAGAGUUUGACAUCAGUGGCAACGUUCUUGGCUUGGUCUUCAAUCAAGGGAUGAUUUGGAUGGGUGCAUUUUAUGCUCCUGGGCUAGUCGGCAUCAACGUGCUCCGCCUUCUCAGCUCCAUGUACUAUCAGUGUUGGGCUGUGAUGGCCACCAAUGUCCCCCAUGAGAGAGUCUUCAAGGCUUCCAAAUCCAACAACUUCUACAUGGGUCUGCUGCUCCUCAUCCUCUUCCUCAGUCUGUUACCUGUUGUCUACACCAUCAUGACACUGCCACCUUCAUUUGACUGUGGACCCUUCAGUGGGAAGGCAAAGAUGUUUGAUGUGAUCAUGGAGACGAUUGACUUGGACCUGCCUGCCUUCAUGGGGACAAUCUUCAGCUAUGCAGCCAACCCGGGUCUCAUAAUACCAGCUGUACUGCUCAUGGUACUGGCCAUUUACUAUCUGAACUCAGUGUCUGAGGCCUACCAAAACUCCAACAUGGAGCUGAAGAAGAAGAUGCAGAUGGCUCGGGAUGAAGAGAAGAACCGGAGGAACAACACAGAUAGUACCAACCAGGUCAUGAAAGAUCUAGAGGACCUGCUACCGAACCGAUCCCUUAUACCCCUAGCUCCUCCACCAGAGCCCGAAAAAAUACCAGAACCACAAGCAAAGCCAACUAAGACAAAGCCAGGGUCAGCUGGUAAAGGUGUUAACCUGGAGAAAGAUGUGGCUCUGGCAUCAACCAACCCCAACACGAGGGGGCCAGUGAGCCGGCCACCUGGGCCGAGAGGACCUGGAUCGAUGGCGGGUCCAGGUGGUGGACAGGGCCGAGGCCGUGGGAGAGGGCCCCCUUUGAGAUAACAGUCUGUGGAUAUUAUGUGUUCAUCUCUCAUACCAUCUCUGUUCAUUUCUCCUUCUU